AUGGCUCCUCGUGAUAUCCAUGUCGGUAUAGUUGGAGCUGGCCUAGGCGGCCUCUCCGCUGCCAUUGCACUCCGUCGUGCUGGAGCUCGCGUCACCGUGCUCGAGGCAGCCGAGAAGCUCGGUGAGAUCGGUGCUGGUAUUCAGAUGACCCCGAAUGUCUCCGUUCUGCUGCAACGAUGGGGGGUCGCCGAUGUGAUUGGAGAGAAUCUGGUCCAGUUCGAGGAGCUGAACAUGCGCCGGAAAGACGGGACUCGAGUCGGACACACCAGAAUUGAGGUCUUGGAGCGCACAUUGAAUCGUCCCUGGUGGGUUGUUCAUCGUGCCCAUCUCCACGAGGGUCUGGUCACGAUCGCGAAGAAGCUCGGGGCCCAAAUUUACAUCGACUCUCGGAUCGUCCGCGUCGAUUAUGAGAGCAGCGACCAAGUCACUGUGGAGACAUACAAGGGCAUCAAGUACACUUUUGAUUUCCUUGUCGGUGCGGAUGGAAUCAACAGCAUUGUCAGGAAGACCCUGUUUCCCGACGUUGCCCCCGAGCCACCUACCACCAACUGCGCCUAUCGCGCCAUUGUGCCCAUGGACCAGAUUCGCAAGGACCCGGUCGCGAAAGAGCUGGUCGAGAAGCUCACCAUGGAGGUCUGGAUGGCCCCCAACGCAUACAUCAUCACUUACCCUAUCAGCGCCGGUAAAGUCUUGAACCUCGUGCUGUCUCAUCAUCGGCCCGAGAAACUGCGGGCCACCCAGUACAAUAUUCCUAUCGAGGAGUUGCGCAAUGAAUACAAGGACUUUGACCCUCGCAUCAAGCGUAUCGUCGAUAUGAUUCCUCAGACGUCUCGGUGGCCUCUCAUGGUGACUGGUCCGUUGAAGUCCUGGUCCUCGCCCCAGAAGAAUGUUGUCCUCAUGGGUGAUGCGGCCCAUUCCAUGGUCAACCACAUGGCCCAGGGAGCCGCAACGUCGAUGGAAGACGGGGCCUUCCUGGCGAAGUGCAUCGGAGCCGUUGUGCAGGGCAAGCUGAGCUUCCGUGAGGCGGUUAACCUUUACGAAAAGGAACGGAUGCCCAAGGCGUACGAGAAGCAGCAGGUUUCUUUCAUCAACGGCGCGAUCUGGCAUCUGCCGGAUGGUCCCGAGCAACGUGCUCGUGACGCGGUGAUGGCGCCAGAGCUGGAGGGUAAAUACUACAUCCGCAGCAGCAACCUGUAUGGAGACCCGCAGACCGUUCUGGAAGUCUAUGGGUAUGACGCUGAGGCGCAUGCGGACAUUGCUUUGGCGAAAUACUUCAAUAACGGCAAAGAGCCGGCUCACCCUCAGACUGGAGUGACACCGACUCUGCAGCAAAAAUACAUGGGCUGGUUCCUGCCCUCUUCGUCGGUCCAGGCCGGAAGCAAGCUGUAG